AUGAAUCUCGAUAAUUCAUCUAGAGAAAAUUCCGAAGCGUUGGACACUAUUGGCACAGUUAGUCCGAGAGAAAAAUAUCACGGAAUGAGGGAAAAAAAGCUAUCAGCUGCGUCUUUGACGAAUACAGAAGGAGCACGGCCAAAAGUAGUUACAGUUAAACAUCCAGAAUCAAAUAAGCCAAAACCCACAGCUAGAAAAAAUAAACCAAUUCAAGCAGACCUUGAUGUUAUUAAAGAAUUUAUGAGAUGUCGAGAUGAAGGUGUGAAAAGGUUGGAUUUAAGCAAAUCCUCUAUUACAUCUCUGCCACCUAAUGUAAGAGAUCUUACUCAUUUAGUGGAAUUUUAUUUAUAUGGAAAUAAGUUGGUAGCUCUUCCUGCAGAAUUUGGUUGCUUAACUAAUUUACAGACAUUAGCUUUAAAUGAAAAUUCUCUAACAAGCUUGCCUGAUUCUCUUGCAAAUUUAAAAUGUCUUAAAGUAUUAGACUUGCGGCAUAAUAAAUUAAGUGACAUACCUGAAGUAGUCUAUAGAUUGACAUCACUGACUACUUUAUUUUUACGAUUUAAUAGAAUCAGAGUAGUUGGAGAUGGCAUAGCUAAUCUUACUAACUUAACAAUGUUAAGCUUAAGAGAAAAUAAAAUUAAAGAAUUGUCUUCUGGAAUUGGAAAACUGGUGAAUUUAGUGACUUUUGACAUUUCUCAUAAUCAUUUGGAGCAUUUACCACAAGAAAUUGGCAACUGUGUGAAUCUGUCAACAUUGGACCUGCAGCACAAUGAAUUACUGGAUAUACCUGAGACAAUUGGAAAUUUACAAGCUAUAAAUCGUAUAGGUCUUCGUUAUAAUAGGUUGAAUGCCAUACCAGCCUCUUUGAGUAACUGUAAGCACAUGGAUGAAUUUAAUGUAGAAGGGAAUUCAAUAUCACAGUUGCCAGAUGGUUUACUCUGUAACUUAACAGAGCUGACCAGUCUAACUUUGUCUCGUAAUUCUUUUAUGAGUUAUCCAAGUGGUGGUCCUGCUCAAUUUACUAGUGUUUCUUCUAUAAAUCUUGAGCAUAAUCAGAUAGAUAAAAUACCAUAUGGAAUAUUUUCUAGGGCAAGAAAUUUAACAAAAUUGAAUAUGAAAGAAAAUUUACUAUCAUCAUUACCACUGGACAUUGGAACUUGGGUUAAUAUGGUAGAACUUAACUUGGGAACCAAUCAACUGGUAAAACUACCUGAUGACAUCCAAAGUCUGGUAAAUUUGGAGGUACUGAUUUUGUCAAAUAAUCUUCUAAAGCGCAUCCCACCCAGUAUUGGAAAUUUAAGAAAACUAAGACAACUGGAUUUGGAAGAGAAUAAAAUAGAAGUUCUCCCUAAUGAAAUAGGAUUUCUACAAGAAUUAAAGAAGUUGAUUGUGCAGUCUAACCAGUUAAUAUCUCUGCCGCGCUCUAUUGGUCAUUUGAUUAACCUUCAAACAUUAAGUGUAGGAGAAAAUAAUUUGCAAUAUUUACCAGAAGAAAUAGGAACACUUGAGAACUUAGAAGCCUUGUAUCUCAAUGAUAACCCAAACUUAUGUAAUUUGCCUUUUGAGUUAGCUCUUUGUGUUAGCUUACAAAUUAUGAGCAUUGAAAAUUGUCCUCUGACAGCAUUGCCUCCUGAGGUUGUAUCUUCAGGGCCGUCUCUGGUAAUCCAGUACCUUAAAUCACAAGGUCCCUAUAGAGCUAUG